GUCCGUUAUCGGCCAACGAGCAGAACACGUCGCGACGUUUCAAAAGGAAGAUAAAGAAAAAACAUUUUUCCAAAAAAUAAAAGAAAAACGCCUCUUAGCAUUUUUUAAAAAUAAAUAUAAAAAAAUUUCUAUUGUUAAAAAAUAUUGACAUACAUGGGUUCAAAAUUGACACCGGCUGUCAUUCACAACGACUAUAACGCCAGUUUACACAAUCUCAAGAGUAUCAAAUUCAAGUAGUUAAUCCCACCGCCUUUGCCGGUUAGCGCAUUUAUCGACUCAUCGCCGGAAUCUUGACAGUAUCCUCUCCAAUUUAAUGACUUAAAAUCAUCAGAAAACGAAUAUUUUGUCAAAUUUUCAUUUUCCCUGGCAAUGAAAAUAAAAAGUUUCAGAAACAGAUCAAGAAUAUAAAACGAAGAAGAAGAAGAAGAAGAAGAAAAAUACGUGCAGAAAAAAAUGAGAAUAAUAAAUAAAAAUAGAAAAACGAAAAUCAGAUCAGAAAAUUUAUUAUAAAAUGUACAAAAGAUCUCAAAGCAAGGCAUUUAUUUAAGUGUAAAAAAAAAAUUCGAACUUUGAAAUGAAUUCAAAAAGUAGGCACUUUUUUUAAAAGACUCUAAAAUACACGUUGUUUGGAUUAAAAAUAAUUCUUUCGAAAUUCUCUCGCUGAGCGAAGCAUUAGGAAGAUUUUCUUUAAGUACAAAAAGAAACGAAAGCAGUCCAUUGGAUUCAAAAGAAGACACUUUGACAAAAAAAGAAGAAAAAAAAAAAUUAGCAUGGGGGUGAAUCCAGAAAAUUCAAAACACGGCCAUGAGUUGGCCCCCCUGAAUGAAGGUAGAUUACACAGUGGACACAAUGUCACCAUUGUUGUGCCAGCAAAUCAAAAUGCGAGAAAUCAGGAAACUGAGGAGGCUAAUCGGGCACAAUGGAGUGGCAAAUUGCAGUUUUUUCUCAGUAUUAUUGGUUACAGUGUGGGACUUGGAAACAUAUGGAGGUUUCCAUAUUUAUGUCAACAAAAUGGAGGCGGAGCGUUCCUCAUCCCCUUUUUCAUCAUGCUCAUAUUGGAAGGUAUACCUCUGUUCCUAAUUGAAUUGGGUCUCGGUCAAAAAAUGCGACAAGGUUCUCUAGGCGUAUGGAACACUGUACAUCCAUGGUUGGGAGGUAUAGGAAUGGCUGCAUGUAUCGUCACAUUUUUCGUGGCGCUUUAUUACAAUGUAAUCAUCACCUGGUGCUUAUACUAUCUCUUUAACUCAUUACAGGCUGUGACGUAUAAAUUUGGUGAACCCUUAUUAUGGGCUUCCUGUCCAGAGAUAAAUGGAAAACCGGUCGAAGAAUGUGCAAAGAGUUCGGAGACCGCUUAUUUUUGGUAUCGUGUUACACUUGAUGCAUCACCAACAAUUGAUGAUGGCCAAGGAUUAAAAUGGUGGAUAGUUAUAUGUUUACUAAUCAGUUGGAUAGUCGUAUUUUGCAUCGUUAUGAAGGGAAUACAAUCGUCGGGCAAGGUGGUUUAUUUCACCUCAAUGUUUCCCUACUUGGUCCUCACAAUAUUCUUCAUUCGAGGGAUUACGUUAAAGGGCGCCGGAGCCGGAUUGGCUCAUAUGUACACACCAAAGGUGGAAAAAUUGUUGGAACCAAAAGUUUGGUUGGAUGCUGCAACGCAGGUAUUCUACAGUUUUGGUUUGGCAUUCGGAUCAUUGAUAGCUUUUGGAAGUUACAACACGGUGAAUAAUAAUUGUGUCAGGGAUGUAUUGCUCGUGAGUUUCUGCAAUGCUUUUACUGCAAUUUACGCAAGCGUUGUUAUUUUUGCAAUCUUGGGUUUCAAGGCAAUGAGCAAUGUGGAAAAAUGUCUCGAGGGUAACAAAAAUCUACUAAUCAACACUGGACUAUUGAGUUCAAAUUCAUCGAUUUCAAUUCAUUCGCCUGAAUUCGAGAAUGCUGUACAACAUUUCAAUUCAUCGAUGAAUUUAAGUCUCGAUGUUUGCGAUUUGGGCGAGCAACUAAAUAAUGCCGCAGAAGGGACAGGUUUAGCAUUCAUUGUUUUCACCCAAGCCAUAGUCGAACUUCCAGGUGCGCCAUUUUGGUCCUGUAUUUUUUUCCUAAUGCUCCUUGCACUUGGUUUGGGAUCACAAAUCGGACUUUUAGAAGGAAUGCUGUGCGUUAUUUUUGAAAUAGAUCUUUUCAAAAGGGUCAAGAAGCAGUACAUGACUGGUGUUGUUUGCAUCAUCUGUUUCUUCGUGGGUCUAAUAUUCUGCACGGGAGCUGGAGAAUAUUGGCUAACAAUGUUCGAUAGUUUUGCAGGAACAAUUGGUCUUGUUCUGGUCGCACUUAUGGAAAUGUUGGCCCUAAUAUUCGUCUACGGACAUGAAAAAUUCACUAAAGAUAUUGAGGAGAUGACUGGCUACCGACCAGGAUGGUACUGGCAGAUAACAUGGAGAUUUUUGGCCCCAAUAAUCAUGGUUGCCAUUCUGAUAGCUAGUGUUGUGCAAAUGAUCAUGAAUAAACCAAAAUAUCCAGCUUGGGUUGCUGCCUUGGGCAAAACUGAAUUAACGAUCUAUCCGGAUUGGGUUCUCGCAAUUGGAGUCGGAAUCAUUCUUUUAGGGAUCGCGCCAAUUCCUGUUGUUUUUCUCAUGCGAAGGUUCCAAUUAACGAAACUUGAUGUCGACAUUCAUCAUGGAAGUAUUCGUCGAAACGACACCACAGUAUCAACUAAAGAAAUGAUGGGUGAUGUCGAUUUGGAUGACUAUCAAGAUCGACUCGAAGACUUUCCUGAAGAAGAUGAAAAUAUCGAUAGUGACGAUGAUAAUAAUGCACCCCCUCGAAUGAAAGAUAGAGGUAAAGCUUUCGAAAUGAAAGUUAUUAACUUCUAACUUCCUAGCUCAAUUUCUCGUACUUCCGAUAAAUUAAAUACGAAAGAACGUGAGAAUGAGAGAAUUAAUUUUUAGAAAUUUAGAAUGUGCGUCAAAUUUUAAUUAACAAUUUAGUAAAAAAAAAAGAAGAUGAAUGGAAUGUAAAUGCGCGCGAAGUUUGCAGAACAUUAUCUCUAUAUUUAUUUUAAAUAUUUAUUAUAACCCCCUUCCCCCCCUAGACUAUACUAAAAUGUAAAAAAAAACUAUUAUAUUUAUUUUUCAAAUGAAAACAAAAUAUAUUUUUUUAACUUGGU